AUGGACGGUGAGCAGGACGAUGAGAGCCUCGCCAUUGAAAAUUUCAGCCGUCAUAGCGAUCAACUAUCACCAGAUAUUCACAGAAUAUACAUAUCUCACAAUGGCCAGAUCAUCUCAACAUAUGCGAACUCGAAAAAUGAUCCAACCUGCUGUGUACACUAUCCACCUCUUCACGAUGCCUGUUUCCCAGACGGGGUUCAGACUGUUCGGCGGGACAAGUUUGAGGAACUCGAGAGGCUUGGUCCUGACACGGACCUUGUUGCAUACUCGCCAUACAUAGAGGGACCUGUCGUCUUUAAGUACUACUUCUUGUGGCAGUAUGCGCAAAUGUCGUGGAAGGAGAUGAACCUAUGGAUGCGUCAUCCCCACCAUCCAAACAUUGUUCCGUUUGACCGAGUGGUCGUUGACGAGCUUGAAGGGCGCAUAGUCGGAUUCACCUGCGACUACGUGCCUGGCGGCAACCUAGAGGAGAACAAGUCUCGCGUUUUCAAAACCAAGUGGCUACAAACAACUCAUAAGGGUCGUAGAUGA